AUGAGCUUUUUGAACGCAGUGUGGCGCCUCGCUACUGGAAGCGACAAGGACUUGGCAGCUGGACAGAAGGCGCUCGUGCGGAUCCGUCAGUUGCUGAGUGAAGCCAUGUCUUUGUAUGAGGGUGCUCCUCACGCUCUCACCCUCGAGCAGAUCGCACCGAUUCGAGCUAUUUGCGACGAGCUCACUGCAGCGAAUUUUCGAUUGAAGGCACCUGCUGGUGAGCUCAGGCGUUCGAGACACGUGCACUAUCAGCACGUCUAUGAAGACAAGACCUUUUCAAUCGGGAUCUUUAUCUUGCCUCCAGGCGUGCGGAUCCCGCUGCACGACCAUCCCGGCAUGAGUGUUAUCUCGCGGGUGUUGUAUGGAUCGGUACAUAUUCAGGCGUACGAUCUUGUCAAGAAGGGCACGGAAUCAAGUGACAAGAAGCACGUGGCGCGGCUGUGCGUGGAUAAAGUUGCAACGGCCCCGUAUACGACCGAGCUGCUGCCGGCUUGUGGUAAUCUGCACGAGCUCAUUGGCGGUGACGACGUUGGCUGUGCAGUCUUGGACAUCAUCACACCUCCUUAUGGCUCGAGCGACGGACGUGACUGCACGUACUUCCGAGUCCUCGACUCGAUUGAGAAUGCAGAAAACACUAGCGAGAAGCUUGUUGUGCUCGAAUCCUACGAGCCUUUAGACUUUGAUGUCGUCCCGGAAGCGUAUCGUGGUCCUGAAUUAUAG